GUGUACUCUUGGCCUGGCCGCACGCCAAGCAUCAUAGCUCAAGUUAAAUUGAACAUAACCAAGAGUAGAAGAAUAUAUAAGCUUGGUUCUUGUCGCGUUAGAGCCUGAGCGAUAAGAGUCAGAGCGCCUACGCAAGACCCGCCGCGCCGAUUCGCCUACUUGAGGACCGUUAAAGUACUCUUUGCAAAACGGCUUACUAGGUAGUCGUGUUAAACCAGACUGCUUAUCCCUUUUAGAAUCCACCAUAGCUUUUGGCGAUGCUGACAUAAGCCAAAAAAAUGAAAACCCUCGUCCUCCGCAGAAGAGAACAGCGCUUCAAUUUAAGCGUAAUAAUUAUCACUGCAACUGCAAUACUCCUCCUGCAAUGCUCAUCAGGCGUAGCGGAGUUUGUUGACGCAACAGGGAUGUUGCAUCAACCGUUUGAAGAUGAGGAUUUGCUCUCUUUGUCCCUGCUUGCGAACAACGUCACGCCAGAGCUCAUUCAACGAGAGCGUUUACGAGUUGUAGACGGCCGCUUUUCGCCGCCUCUUGUGCGCGACGGAGUGCCCGAGGGAGUUGAAUGCGAUGAAGUCCUGCGCUGUGACAGCAGCAACGUGUGUGCUCGCGUGUGCGCCCGCGGCACCCUUCAAAUAGACCCCUGGCUCAGCUUCACAGUGGACUACCAGUGGCGUCUAUCCCGGCUGCAGCCCCUGUGCCUCUCUCAGCUUCUGGGCUCCCACAACUCAGGAAUUACGCUGGCGGACGGCUACGGAGCGCACGACGACAUCUACACGGUCUACCUGCGAGCGCUGGGGCUGGCGACCGGCUCGCAACGCCUCACCACCAACAACCAGCUGCUGUCGCUGACC